GAUGGGCGGAUGGAGUCGCACUGAUAAUCCCGGAAGCCAUUGCAAGGGGUGGCGGAGGCGGUGUCGAAAACCCGGGCCUGCUGGUAGAAGCGGUGGCCGCCGCCGCCGCCGCCCCCAGGCAGGAGGAGCUCCUCCUCAGCUCCCCUCAGGUGGAGUGGACAGAGAAAAAACAUUGGAAGGGAGAGGAAAAAGUAUUCAGUGAAGAAUGAAAAGAAAGAGUGAAGACAGUCCAAGUCCCAAGAGACAGCGCCUUUCUCAUUCAGUCUUUGAAUAUACAGCAGCAUCACCAGCCCCAUCACCGCCAAUGCGACCAUGGGAGAUGACAUCAAAUAGGCAGCCUCCUUCAGCACGACCAAGCCAACAUCAUUUCUCAGGGGAACGAUGCAACACACCGGCGCGCAAUAGAAGGAGCCCUCCUGUAAGACGCCAGAGAGCAAGAAGAGACCGAUUGUCUCAACAUAAUUCCAUUAGUCAAGAUGAAAACUACCAUCUUCCUUACGGACAGCAACAAGCAAUAGAAGAACCCCGAGCCUUCCAUCCACCGAAUGUAUCUCCCCGUAUGUUGCAUCCAGCUGCUCAUCCGCCACAGCAGAAUGCAGUGAUGGUUGACAUUCAUGAACAGAUCCACCAGGGCACCGUCCCUGUUUCGUACACUGUGACCACAGUGGCACCACAUGGGAUUCCACUUUGCACAGGUCAGCAUAUACCAGCUUGCAACACACAGCAAGUCCCAGGGUGUUCUGUGGUUUUCAGUGGACAGCAUCUUCCUGUCUGCAGUGUGCCUCCCCCUAUGCUUCAGGCGUGUUCUGUUCAACACUUGCCUGUUCCAUAUGCAGCUUUCCCACCCCUUAUUUCUAGUGAGCCACUUCUUUUGCAUCCUCCGCACCUCUCCCCACAUCAUGCUCCACACCUGCCACCUCCAGGCCAGUUUGUUCCCUUUCAAACGCAGCAAUCACGGUCGCCUCUUCAAAGGAUAGAAAAUGAAGUAGAAUUGCUUGGAGACCAUCUUCCUGUGGGUGGCUUUACCUAUCCGCCUUCAGCCCAUCCACCAACGUUGGCACCUUCAACCCCUCUCCAGUUCUUAGCACAUGAUCCUUUACACCAAGAAGUGUCGUUUGGAGUACCUUAUCCACCCUUUAUGCCUCGGAGACUCACAGGACGCAGCCGAUACCGAUCCCAACAGCCAAUACCGCCACCUCCGUACCAUCCUAGCCUAUUGCCAUACGUGCUAUCAAUGCUUCCAGUGCCACCUGCAGUGGGCCCAGCCUUCAGUUUUGAGCUAGAUGUAGAAGACGGUGAAGUGGAAAACUAUGAGGCGUUGCUGAACUUGGCAGAAAGAUUAGGAGAGGCCAAACCAAGAGGACUAACAAAAGCAGAUAUCGAGCAACUGCCUUCUUACAGGUUUAACCCAAAUAACCAUCAGUCGGAGCAAACUUUGUGUGUAGUGUGCAUGUGUGACUUUGAGUCGAGACAACUACUUAGAGUUUUACCGUGUAACCACGAGUUUCAUGCCAAGUGUGUUGAUAAAUGGCUUAAGGCAAAUCGUACCUGCCCUAUCUGCAGAGCUGAUGCUUCAGAAGUGCAUCGUGAUUCAGAAUGACCAGUCUAAGAGCACAAUUCUACUUUGGGUGUUCCUAGUCACAUGUGUAUAUAUAUACGUAUAUGAACUCUCCAUUGAACUUAAACCGUGUGGCUUCCAGCCUUCCCUUAUACAAAAGGGUCAAUGGACCUUUCUUUGCACUGUGUGAUUUAAUCAACUAUAAAGCUUAUAAUUAGUCUUCACAAUUAUGGGAUUGUUAUACUAACUGUGUGAUUGGAACUCCAAAGAUUAUUUUUUUUCUUUUAGCUUAAUUUCGUGUGUGCACUAACAUUCCCUGGUUUUUGUGUGAUCAUUCCGAGUGUUGCUGCGAGAUUACAGUGGAACGUGAUCUUCUAGCAUGUGCUUUUAUAUUAAAAAAGUGGUAGCUCCAAACAAUAUAGCAAUCUACCUUAUAUAGAGCCUUCAAAUACUGUGAGUGGGAGUAAAUGGUGCGGGUGGGUGCGUUGAUCGCAGGGUGUCUGUGUGUAUGCGGGUGAGCAAGUGUUUGGACAGUAGAGUGUGAGAGAACUUAUAUACCAGCAUGUAUUGAGGAUGUAUGUGUGUAGUAUUAAUUAUGCUGCAAUGUAUAAUCUUGUGUGUUAUUUAAGCAGUACUAGUACUGUACACUGGUUUCUUUCUUUGAGUUUGCAGUUGCACACUGAAUGCUAAGGGUGCAGCAGUUAUAGACAUUUGAUAGUUCAUCUCUCCCCCCAUGUAUUUAAUAGUAUAAAAAGGCCUCUUUGCUUUUAUUCAGGCAACUAUUAUACUUCCCAUUCAUUGGAGAUGUGAUGUCUGUCAUUGUAGAGCAUCUUGAUUCCUAAGUUAUCACAAAUACGUACUUAGCCAUGUUUUGAGGCAACUGAAAUUUCCAUGGUUUUAAAGAUAAAUUUCAGUUCAUGGCUGACUUUAUGAGGAGCUGCAGCAUUGCACAGUCAGGUAGCAAUAUUAAAAACUCUCAACUGAUCACUGACAUUUUAUGUUGUCCUCUCUUCCUUUUAAAAUUCUUCCAGCCAAUAUUCAUUUUUUUCCUGUUGAACAUUGAAGCUGGAUUUUGAUUUGAGUAACACAAGAAGUUGUUUUGCUUGUUUCUGGAUUUUGUUUUGUUUUUCCCCAUAAAAAUGGAGAGGACCUUGGAGAGUCUUGUGCAAGUGCUUCUUGUAUUGUUGGCAAUAUAUAUCUGCUUAAUUUAGCUUAUAACCACUGAGACUAACUCACAUUCCUUGCCUCAUGGCAAGUCCACAUGUCCAACUAAAAUGGCUUUUAAGAAAGAGAUGGUCUUCUUUUUUAAAAGCCUUCAACCUCGUGAAUAAUUCUUAGCACUUUCUUAGAGGUAGAACGUGUGCCCUAACCCCCCCACCCUGCCCUAGCCUUGGUAACAUCUUAAGACUUCACUGCCUGGCAAAAGUGUCACAGGAUAUAGUUUCCAACUUGCUGUACUUAAUAUAGCUGGCUUUUUUCUCUUUUCUUCUUCUUUUGUUUUGGUAAUGUUGAGACAUCCUCAGUGUUGUAUGGGUAGUAUGAAUAAUAUUCAUGUACAAGAAUGGGUUGGUAUACAGAAUCAUGGAAAAAAAUAAUAAUAAAUGCUGUGAAUCUGGAGUUGACCUCCUUUCAACUGCCUUCUGAAUUAUAAUGUAUUGGGGGGAAAUUGGCAUUGCUUAACAUUUCAGACUUGGCCUUUCUAAUUUUUUUUCAGUAUAGAACUGUCUACACAUAGUUAAUGGUUUUUAAGAGAUGCAUAUUUUCUUUGUGGAAUUUUGCCUCGCCUCCCCUACCGCCACCAAUCCGGUGUUUUGAGCACCAAAACAACUCAGUCUUUGGUUGCAACAGCACAAGCACUGCAAGUAUUGCUGCAGCCUGUUGUCAGACAGCUUUAAGUUCCUUCUGUGUCCUUUUUUAAAUGCUUUUUAUAUGCUGCUAUAUGUUAAGUUUGCUUAUUCCUCCAGAGCAGUGCUGGUUGUGAAUCAUCAUCCUUCUUUCUGAAGGUUCUGCUGAACAGUCACAGCUUGUGGUUCUGCAAAAACUAAAAAGCACAAUUCCCACCCACCACCUCACACUCCCCUCCCCGCCAUUUCAGAUACUGUUUGCCUCUGUUUAGUAGCUAAGACGCCUUAGUCUGUCCAUAGGGCUGAGAAUUUAACAUUAAUAGAACAGUUCUAACAUACUUUUUGUGUGACAGAUUGUUACAACUUUCCCCUCUGUGGGCUCUAACAAAUUGUUCCAACAUGUCAGAAAGGUUAAAUUGCACAUAGUAAACUUUAUUUUUUUAAGCAGACAAAAUCAUGGGUUGGGAAGUGGGGUGGGGGAAGCCACACAUGUUUUACAGUAUUUUGGGUCUUUUUUAUAUUGCUGGACAAAGAGAUUUUUACCUGUAGAAAUCUAAUCCUUACACCGCCCGACUCAGUGUCUACUGUCAAAGCAUUGGUAUGAGGCACUUUCUCUAACAGAGAGGCAAGGCACAUAAUAACUUAAUUUUGAAAAGUGGCACCUCAGCCUUGACUCUGGAUCUGCCAUGCAGGGCAGCAUCUGUCCCAUGGUUCCCAGCUUCAGUUGAGCCAAGACUGUCGGUAGAAGGGUAGUGGCUGCAGUAGGUACCACUUUGGUGUACUAAAGUUUAGUGUUGCACUCCUGUGGCUCAUCUCUCCUACGAACAGCUUUUGUUUGCAUGGGACAGAUGUGUGCGGAUCCGUUUCCUGUGGUGUUAAGUGUGUAAGAGACACACAUGCAUGCAUUCUGCACCAGCUCAGUCUGGCUGCAGUGGAGCUUUUAGCUCAUUGCUGUUGGCAGUUUAAACAAAAGGGGAUUUGUGCUCAGCUGUUAAUUGCCAUGUGUUAUAUGCACAUUUGUAUGUCUGAUUUCCACAGCACCAGAUUUUGUUGGAUAGCCUGCUCCCCCUGAUCCCUACCUCUCCCGCUAAAGGAAGAAAAAAAGUUGGCUUUAUCAUGUUGGCACUGUUGGGGUUUUAUUUGCAUGAAUUGUCAACUUAAUUUCUCCUGGCUUUUUAAAAAAAAUGGGUAUAAAGGCCUUUUGAAUAUCUUUAAGGUCUCACUUUGUGGCUUUCUUUACAGAUUAUUUUGUGCAAAGUAAUUUCUUUUGUAUAAAGUUUUUGUACAGUCUCCAGAAUGUGAUAAUUUGUUGCAAUUGUUAACAUUUCCAUCUCUUGUAAUAUUUUGCAUUUAUCAACUGUUUAUUUUGCUUUCUGAAAACUCAUUAUAAACUCUGUUACUGGUCAGCCUAUGUAAGGGAGCUGUGGUUCUCUCUCACCCUGCACCCCCCUCUCCCCUUGGUACCUUCAGUUACCUCAUUUGCUAUUUUGUGUUGCAAACUUGCUGAUGAUUUUGAAAGCUUAUGGGUUUUGUUAGAAUCUUAUUUGUCAAGUGUUUUCUUUAAAAAUCAUACUCCAUUUUAUCAUUUAACAUGUAGUUUUAAAUGUAUUAUAAAUAUCUGUAACCAAAUCAUUUGAAGGCUUGAUAAAUUUUUAACAAAAUUUGUACAUUUUUUAUGAGAGUUACUAGUAAUGCUUUACUAAGUAGUGCAAUGAAUUUUUAUUUUUAAUCCCUGUGCCCGAUUUUGGAGUUGAGAGGGUUGUUCAGUAAUAAAUGUAUGAUGUACACUUAUA